AAAACUAAUAUAAUGGUAAGAUGGUGAUUUUGAUUGUGCUAUAAGUCUAUGACUCCUUUGGCCAAUCUUUCUUGUUUAAGUUGUUUUCAUUAAAAAAAUUAAUGUAAAAGUUGAGUAAAAGAUAACCAAUUUAUAGAAGAAAACACUCUCAAGUCAAUUCCUAAGUAGCCUUCUCUUUUUAGCAGUACAAUGCAAUUUGAAGACAACAUAGUACAAAACAAAUAAUCUAGGAUGCUGGUUACAAUUCUUAGCAGUUUAGCUUUGACACAGAGGAGAGGCAUGAUGCAUAUUUUUCCAGAAAGUUUACAGAAAUUUUGGAGCAAUUGGAAUCUUCGUUUUAUGGUUGUGUUAAGCCUCGGCAUCCAAUGCAUUCUCUUAUUGUUUGGAAACAAGAGAAAGUUCUACACAAGCAUCUAUCUUAGAAUCAUACUAUGGUCUGCUUAUUUGUUUGCAGAUUGGUUUGCAACAACCUCACUUGGUGUUCUUUCAAGUAAAGAGGGAGAAAACAAAGAUGAUUUUGUGGAACCAAAGUAUGUCAUUAUCGCUUUGUGGGGUCCACUUCUUCUCAUUCACCUUGGUGGUUCUGAUACUAUUACUGCUUACUCUAUGGAAGACAAUGCACUUUGGAGUAGGCGUUUGGUUACUUAUAUCGGACAAGUUGUGGUUGCAUUUUUAACCUUUCUUAGAUCAUGGACAAAUGCUGAUCUUAACAUUUUGGCAGUACCGAUAUUCAUUGCCGGUUUUAUCAAAAUCGGAGAAAGGAUUUGGGUUUUGUGGUGUGCAAGUAGCCAACAAUUCAAAGAGUCUUUGUUUCCUGAUCCCGAUUCAGGGCCUAAUUAUGCAAGAUAUAUGGAAGCAUACAAUUCAGCUUCUUAUGAAGGGUAUGAUGUUGAUGUACAAGGCCUGAUUCAAACUCCUGCAGCUGGUGGUACUGGUGUUGAUCAUACUCACGCACCUUCGCAAGGUGACAUCAACAUCCCAUUGCCAGAAACUGAUCAUGACAUAUAUGGUCCUGCAAUAACUGUAAGAAAAGCACACAAAUUCUUGAAGAUUUCUAAGCUUCUGUUUGCAGAUCUCAUCUUGAGUUUUCAAGAUGUUUCGGAAAGCAGAUCUUCUCUAUUGAGUGGAAAUGGAAAGAAAGGGUUUGAAGUUAUGGAAAUUGAGCUUGGUUUUAUGUAUGAUGUGUUCUACACAAAGGCCGCGACUGUUUAUUCUUUGGUGGGUUGUUUUCUUCGUUUUGUCACUUUAUCUUGUACUAUUAGUGUGUUAUCUGUUUUCUUUGUCAUGGAGAAGAAUCAAUAUCCAAAAAUGGAUGUGUUCAUCACGAGUGUGUUGCUUAUUGGAGCUAUCAUCCUUGAAAUAUAUUCAGUAAUUUUGGUGCUGUUUUCUGACUGGACAAUUCUUUGGUUGAGUAUGCACAAGAAUAAGGUAAGUAGUAAGGUAAUUUCAUUAAUUCAAUCUGUCAAGUAUAAGAAGAGAUGGUCAUGCAGCACCGGUCAAUUCAACCUCAUAAGCUUUUGCAUAUCGAAGGCUAGAAAAGAAAGACACAGCAACGUUGGCAAGUUUUUAAGACUCAAAUUUGGUUCUAGUACUGGAAAAGCAUUCAAAAAGAGAGCAGCAAAGUGUGCUCUUGCUAAAAUAAUUACAGGUGCUUGGCUGUCCUAUCAGAAGUACAAGCACACAAAUACAAAGACCGUCGAAGAUGAUCUGAAGGAAAUAAUCUUUGAAGACUUUGUGGAUAAAAUAAAAGAGGGGAUAAACAUGGGAGAAGAUGAGUUUGCGAAAAAUAUCACAAGAUUUUGUAACCAUAGGGGUGACAAAGUUUUGGAAAGAUUAAAAUCAGAGCUAAAGGCACAAAUUGAGGACGAGGAGAAGGUGGAGACAAUGAUAAGGAAAUUAAGAUGGAGUGUGGAGGUAGAAUUUGAUCAAAGCAUUAUUUUAUGGCAUAUUGCAACAAAUAUAUGUUAUAAUUCUGAAUCAGACGAAGAAGUUUUGGAAAAGGGAAGGGUUUUAAGUUAUAAAGAAGCAAGCAAAUGUUUAUCAGAGUAUAUGUUAUAUCUUCUUGUUAUGAGACCAUCUAUGUUGCCUAAUGGAAUUGGUGAGAUAAGAUUCCAAGAUACAUGUGCUGAGGCAACUGAAUUUGUGAAGGAUAGGCAUUCUAUACAAGAUGAGAAGCAAGUGUGUAGAAUACUACACAAAGUGAGCCGAGAUAUCGAUAAAGUUAGUCCUUCAAAGGUGAAAGGUGACAGAAGCAAAUCUGUACUAUUUGAUGCAUUCAGGUUGGCUAAAAAUGUAAGGGAGAUAAGGAAUGAUGAUGUAGAAUGGGAGACAAAAGAGAUGUGGAAGUUUAUAACUCAAGUUUGGGUUGAAAUGCUAGCUUAUGCUGCUUGCCAUUGUCAGGUAAUUCAUCAUGCUCAACAUCUAAGGCAUGGUGGUGAAUUAUUAACACAUGUAUGGCUUCUUAUGGCACAUCUUGGUAUAACAGAUCGACUUCAAAUCUCAAAGGGGUUUGGUAGAGCAAAGUUGAUAAGGAAGUGAAUGUAGUUUCAGAAAUGUGUCCUUUCUUGCAUUUUAAUAAAUAUAUUUAUUAGUAACAUUAUUUUUUUAUUUUUUUAUCUAGUGUUUUAAACUUUAAUUAGCCUUGUUUAGCUAUGUAUGUUGUCCUUUUUGGAAUUUAAAAAAUUCUCUCUUUCA